CCCAGGAACCACAUUUCAAAUAUAUGCUUUUAGUAGGGAAGGCAGCCUGAAUCUUCUAGGAGAACGAAUCAUUGCCUUACCUGCAGGAAAAAAAAAAGGAGGAAAAAGCAGUGAAGCAGUAUCAAAGCACUGAAAAGAAACAUACCAGCGUACUUGGCAGCUUCUUGGAGGGCUUCUCCGUGUGUCUUUAGAUCCUCCAAAUCAGAACUUGCGCCAAAUCUGGCCAGUGAUGGAGUUGUCUAUGCUCCGCUUCAGACAUUCACUGAAGAGGAAACAAUGCUGAAAAACAUGGUGAAAAAAUUUGCUCAGGAACGAGUUGCACCUUUGGUGCAAAAAAUGGAUGAGAAUUCGAAAAUGGAAGACUCUGUAAUAAAGGGACUGUUUGAACAAGGGCUGAUGAGUAUUGAGCUUGGGGAAGAAUAUGGAGGAACUGGAGCUUCCUUUUUUUCAGUCAUAUUGGUGGUAGAAGAAUUGGCCAAAGUUGAUCCAGCUGUAGCUCUUCUAUGUGAACUCCAAAAUACACUAACAAAUAGGUUGUUUACCACAUAUGGAACAGAAGAACAAAAGAGAACUUACUUGCCCAGAGUGUCUAAAGAUACAAUAGGCAGUUUCUGUCUGUCGGAGGCUGGUUCUGGCAGUGAUGCUUUUUCUUUGAAGACUCGUGCUGAAAAGAAGGGAGACUACUAUAUUAUCAAUGGCUCAAAGAUGUGGAUUAGCUUAGCAGAACACGCCGGAGUUUUCUUUGUGAUGGCAAAUACAGAUCCCGCCUCAGGAUACAGGGGAAUUACAUGCUUCAUAGUAGAUCGCAACACAGAAGGACUACAUGUAGGGAAGAAGGAGGAUAAGCUCGGAAUCAGAGCAUCUUCUACUUGCCCAGUAACAUUUGAAAACGUUAAGGUUCCUGAGACCAACAUCCUUGGACAGGUGGGACAAGGCUAUAAGUAUGCAAUCGGAAUGCUAAAUGGCGGCAGAAUAGGUAUUGCUGCACAGAUGUUAGGAUUGGCACAGGGGUGUUUUGACCAUACAAUUCCCUACACAAAGGAGAGAGUCCAGUUUGGGAAAAGCAUAUUCGAUUUCCAGGGAAUGCAACAUCAGAUAGCUCAGGUGGCCACACAGCUGGAGGCUGCAAGGCUGUUGACCUACAAUGCAGCCCGUCUUGCAGAAACAGGAAAGCCAUUCAUAAAGGAGGCAAGCAUGGCCAAAUAUUAUGCUGCAGAGGUUGCAACACUGACAACUAGUAAAUGCAUUGAAUGGAUGGGUGGUGUUGGAUACACAAAAAAUUAUCCAAUAGAAAAAUACUACCGUGAUUGCAAGAUCGGUACGAUCUAUGAAGGAACUUCAAAUAUCCAGUUGAGCACCAUUGCAAAAAACUUGGCCCAGGAGUACUGAAAACUUAAGGACUUCUUGACUGUUAACAGACAUUAUUUCACUGAACGUUAAUCGUGAAUUACAGGUUUAUUUGUAAUUGUAAAAAUCAGUAUGAUAUCAUAAAUGAGAAUAUAUCAUCACAGACAAGUAUAAGGAAAACCAUGAAUUCCCAUUUUAGGAUAUUGAAUGUGUAAAUCAUGCUAAAUGAUGAAUUUCAUGUUCAAAUCCAAAUCGUGGGUAAAAGUAUUUCUUUCUUCCCGAUACACUUCUAAGCUAAUACAUUGGCUGACAUUAUUUUGUUGCUUUAGAUUAUACAAACAGCGUGUCUCAACUUUGAGAUUUCAAAGUGAGAACAAAAGAAAUCCUUGGCUUGGCUGAUGUAAAAGGUUCUGUUAAGCCACCUGAGAGAAAGGUUUCUUCAUGUGCAGCACAACUGUUGCGUAGUGUGAAGCUUCUGUUUGUUCUUGAUGCCUUAUAGGUUACAGGAGUGGUGUUUGAAAAUAGGUAAAUGCGAUGGUUUUCUCUUUCUCUGGUGGAGUGACGUCUAUGGUGCUGCUGUAACUUGAGUAAUUUUUAUAGCAGCCCUUAGUGUGUUCUUAAGUAUAUCUUGGUAAUUAAGCCCUUCCAGCCCCCAGUUUGUAGCACUGAAAAGUGGAUAAUAUCUACCUCCCUUUCCAGCAUUCUCAGCUCUUAAGGGUUUUAAUCAAAGAGACUAUUUAUAGUUAUCCUUUUGUAAAAGAUUGAGUUGAAAUCUUUGUGAAAUGGGGCUAAAAAAGCUCUGGUAGUUCUGCAAAAAGGCGGAGAUAUAAGCUAGGUAAUAGGAAAACUGUGAUACUACUUCACAGGGACCUUUCCGUGUUCAAUGUAUGUUACAAACUUUAAACCUCAGAGCCUUCCUUAGGGUUGGGGAGGGGGGGGUGUUGUUAAUUUGCAGUGAAGAAAAUUCACUCAUGGAAAUGAGUGGUUCUCUACGUGCAGAGAGAUGUUUUUCUUUUGAGAGAGUGGGAAGUAAUUUUCUUGAGAUGUAUUUGCUUUUUGUCCCUCUCUGUUUACUUUAAAAUUAGACGUUUUAUUUACUGCUGAAGCCUCUUCAGUGUUGGAGAACUAAUUAACUAAGAAUCAAGAGACUGAAAGCUUAGUGUAUCAAAAAUUAUAAUUGCUGUAACUGGCAAUUUGUUUCAAGUGGUUUGGGGAGGAAAGGAUUGUUUUUCUGUUUUGUCCAACUUAGAAGAAUCUCACUUUUAAAUCUUGUUAGUCACUGGUGAGUCACUUUGGAGCUUGGAAUGUUACAGUCACAAACUCCUAGAGAACUUUAUUGCAAAACUAGUGAAGAUGACCCUUAAUAAGUCUGAUUUGAUAAGACAGACUGCAGUGCCUUAUACAAAGAAACAAGCAAGGACAAAGAGCAUCAUUAAAAAAGUUUUUGGGUUGGCUGUCAGCCUCAAAGGGAAGUUUACUUUUUUUGUGAAUGAUUUCCCUCACAUACGUACUUUGCCUGUUGGUAGGUGAAGAAUUAAUGUAAUUAUACCAGAUAAAAAAAAGUAUCUUCCAUAUGAGUUUGAUCAACAAUUUUGAGAUUUUCAAAGAUGCACAAGUAGAAGAGUAGACUAGAUGAUUUCUGAAGGAUUCUUCUAGCUAUAUUAUUUUCAAAAAUACAUUUCAGGUUGUUUGCAGGCUUUCUUUCAGCUGUUAGACUAGAAUUAAGAGUACAGAUGCCACAUUGUCUAACUACAGUUACUCUGUUCACUAUAGUCUGUGAGUUGACAGUGAUCAUAAUCAUACUACGAAUGCUUGAGUUACAUUGAUUAAUACAAUGUGAUGUGCUGGAGUGGGAGGCUGUUCUUAGCUGCUGCAGUUCAGCCUGCUUUGCUAACAUGAGUAUCAGCAGAGAUCAGGUUUUGAUUCAUACUGUUUAAUAGGUCUUCUAGUUUGAAACACUAUCUUGGCUUGGAUUUUGUAGUUUUGUGUGAGGCUACAAAGUGGGUGACGAUACUUAACUGACUUAAUAUAGUGCUAAAAGCAAACCGUUCAUGGAGGAAACUGCAGAGCUCUCUGAAGGACUGCUAAGGGCUGGAUAUUCAGCGUUAUGUAAAAGGAGUGACUGUUUGUGUAGAAGUGUGUCAGGUUUUUGAGAAAAAAAUCUUGAAAAAAUGAAAAUAAUGUGAUUUCCAGCAGUCUGAACUUGGGUGCCAUACUCCAGGAAACAACCGGGACAGCUUCAUCGGCUACUCAUCAGCUUUUAGGUCAAUGCUUUAACUAAUGUUACAGCUGUGAAUAUUUCACGUCUCUCAGUUCCAUAUGCUGCAAUCUGUCAAUUCACAAUACUUUUUGGAAGAAAUGUAUGCAUUUUAUUUAAUUUUUGUCUACAAAAUUCUGUGGAGGAAUAUGCGCACAAAUGAAUUGUAACUGCCGAGUUUCUUUCCAGACUCCGCUCUUGCUUCAAAAGGGCAUGCAAGGGCACACCUCUGCAUCAAGCAUCGGGUGCUCUGGCCAUUGACUGACUCUGGGAAGGGUUAACUUGUUUGAUGGCUUCAAGUCCAAUUCCCUUCCUGCACUAGCACAGGCUCUGGUUUAGUAAUAGAAUGUGCUCCGUUGUCCAGGAGCUACUAAAUGCUGCCUACGUCCCCCAGCCAGUGUUGAGUUUGGGACAAGCAUUUAUGGAUUGUCAUAAACUGCAAUUCUGUAUUUGGCACCGUUGGGCAUGGGACUGUUCAUGGUGGUUGGCUACACUAGUAGGUGUAGGGCUGCAGAGCUGGCACUGUGAACGUUGGGAGCGUAGGACUUGAAGCUGCUUUAUACACAAUAUGUAUGUAUAUCUUGAGUUUUCCCUUUACGUGUCCUUAGUCAACUCAGCCAGUCUAGUCUGUUGCCUUGGAACAACACCUUCAGUAAGCAGAUGUGACAUCUGGGCUUCCCUGAAUGGAAGAAAAAAAAAGUGUUAGGAAUGUAUAAAAAAAGUGCCUGAAUUUGAUGUUUGACUAGAUACGAUGCUAAUCUUGUGUGUCAGCUGAUGGUUCUCUAAUAAUCUGUCCUUUUAAUUUGGAAUUUUUUUCACUGGGACAGACUGAAUGUAUCUUCUGUCAGUUUUUUUUAGUGUUAUCCUGGCUUGUGAUAAAGAUCUGAGGCAGUUCUCCACAGAAAGAUUUAAUUGUUACGUGGAAAAUACUCAAAUAUAACAUUUUAUAUGAUGUU